GGAUGGCCAGAUAACAGCCAUCCUGGACCAGAAGAACUAUGUUGAGGAGCUGAACAGACACCUGAGUGCUUCAGUCAACAACCUGCAGGCCAAAGUAGACGCUAUGGAGAAGUCCAACACCAAGCUCACUGAAGAGCUUGCAGUCGCCAACAACAGGAUCAUCACCCUGCAAGAGGAUGUAGAACGAGUCAAGGAGGAGAGCUCCUACCAGAUAGAGUCAAGUCGCAAGGAGUCGUGGGCAGGGAACGGCUCGGCAGGUCCCCCCCAGGCGCCGUGGGCAGGGAACGGCUCGGCAGAUGGACAGGUGUUGGGGAAGGCACGCAAACAGCUCAAGGAGGAAACUCAGCUACGAUUGGAUGUAGAGAAGGAGUUGGAGGUUCAGAUUGGUAUGAAGCAGGAGAUGGAGCUGUCUAUGAAGAUGUUAGAGAAGGAUAUGUGUGAGAAACAGGAUGCUCUGGUGGAGCUACGACAACAGCUGGAAGACCUCAAGGCCCUUAACCAGCAGCUAGCACACAAGUCGCAGAGCUUGGAGGCCGGCGCCAAGCAGAAGAGUGAGGUCAUCAGUCGCCUGGAGGAGAAGAUGAAUCAGAUGGCUGGAACUAUAAAACACCUGGAGAGCAGAUCCCGUCAGGCGGAGAGGGAGCGGGACCAAGCAGGGGAGGAUAACAGACUGUUUAAACAGGAGUUUGGAGACAAGAUAGACUCUCUACAGCUGGAGGUGGAGCAGCUCAGGAAACACAGGUCAUGUUUGGAGCUGGAGCUGAGGAGGAGGAGGGGUGGAGGAGGAAGAGGUAGUCAGCACAUAGACCUUGUUUCUGGGGAGAAGAAGACCUCUACCCCCCAGAGAGACCCCAAACAAGAGGGCGACAUCAGGAAGGAACUGGAGGCAGUGAAGAAGGAGAAUCAGCCGUGGACUGGGGUAGAUGACAAGAGCAGUCUAGGGUCGAACAUGUCACUGUCACAAAAUGAGGAUGAGCAGGAGGAGUCUUUACUUGAGAUCAGCCAGGCGUCCAUCUGCUCUCUAUGUGAACAGGAGGAGUCCAUGACGAAGACCAAGAGCCAGUGUGCUAACUGCCAUGGGGUGUUCUGUGACCGCUGUCUGGCCAAUGAGCUGCCCCUCCCCUCCUCCAUCAACCCUGAACAUAUCUGUGACUCCUGCUCCUCUCAGCUGCUGCAGCGGUACGCCUCCAGCCCACCCUGAGACACACCAGCUCUGCCUGGAAUACAGUGUCAUUCACUGCUAAAAUAUCUAAAGGAACGGGCGACUUGAUGACUACAUGAAAAACUAACUUGGGAAUAGUUCAACUGGAGCAUCUCAUCUAAAAUGGUCUCCGCAUACUGUUAGCAGGGUUGGAGGGUGUUGGCAGAAAGGUAGACGUUCAGAGCCUGGUCCCAGAUCUGGUUGGAGGGUGUUGGCAGAAAGGUAGACGUUCAGAGCCUGGUCCCAGAUCUGUUUGGAGGGGUUGGUAAAAAGGUAUAUUUUCACAGCCUGGUCUCAGAUCUGUAUGGAGGGGUUGGUAAAAAGGUAUAUUUUCAUAGCCUGGUCCCAGAUCUGAAAGGAGGGGUUGGUAAAAGGUAUAUUAUUUUCAUAGCCUGGUCCCAGAUCACUAAGGACGGGUUUGGUGGGGGUUGGUAAAAAGGUAUAUUUUCAUAGCCUGGUCCCAGAUCUGAAAGGAGGGGUUGGUAAAAGGUAUAUUAUUUUCAUAGCCUGGUCCCAGAUCACUAAGGACGGGUUUGGUGGGGGUUGGUAAAAAGGUAUAUUUUCACAGCCUGGUCCCAGAUCUGUAAGGAGGGGUUGGAGGGGGUUGGUAAAAAGGUAUAUUUUUAUAUGGUGUCAUGAUCAAUCACAAUCAUUACUGGGAUUCAGUGUUCUGUCAGUUCGUGUGCAAUGUCAUUCAAUCACAAUCAUUUAAAAAAAUAAAGAAAAAAUGUAGGCUAUUACAUCAUUAUUAGUCAUUACCGCAUGUCAGAGGCAUGGGGAGGAAACGGGUGGUAUAGCCUACAUGUAAUAAUAAUAAUAUUGGCUCCAAUCGAGAAAACUGACGUGUUGCCAAGCAGAGCUGAGUGGCCGUCUCCGAGACGCGUGCGGACAGCAGUGGAUGCAUACAUUCUGGCCUAAUGACAAUCGGCAAAUGUCAUUUUACAUUUUUGGGUGUUUUGUGUAACAUGUCUCUUUCCAUUCACUACUGUUUGGAUGCUGGAAAUAUGUUGCUAGUGCAUGAACAUGUGCAGGGGCCCGUUGAAGAGAUCGUUUGACAAUUGGGUGAAAACAUCAUGACUGGUUAUGUUUAUGCCACAAUAAAAGUUAAAUGACAAAUCUUUACAACUAGGCCCACAGAUAUCCUAUAGAGAGUAAUAAUACCCAUAAAACCGAGCUGUCAAACAAAACGCAACAUUGUAUAUGCAUUUUUAUUUAGUCAUUUUAAGAUGUCUAAUUUCUUAAUGAAGGGAUUGUAUUGAUCUCAGCUUAUGUAGAUGUAGGCCAGACAGGCUGUGUUCUCUGGAAGAUCAAGACAACCCAAAUAUUCUUUAAAGAAACCAGAUGAAAAAUGUUUACUUGCUCAACAAUAAACUUUUAUCAAGUUUA